AACUAUAACCUAUCACAAACUAAUAAAAAAAGAAAAGAAAUGAUGAUACGAAGCCAAUCUUAUUCCUUUUCUGGUAUUGUUGUUACCUUGUAUUUCUUCUUCUUGUUUUCCUUUUUUCUACACACUCUUGCUUCUCCUACACUCCACCGUUGCCGCCAUGAUCAGAGGAAUGCUCUUUUGGAGAUCAAACAUGAGUUUAUGGGUGAUAAUGAUAUGAUUUCAUGGAACAAGAGCAGUGAUUGCUGUUCUUGGGUGGGUGUCACGUGCGAUGCUAGAUCUGGCCAGGUGAUUUCACUUUACUUUGAUAGUGUCUCUCUCAACAACUCUUUGAAACCAAAUAGUGGCAUUUUCAAACUCCAAUAUCUCCAAAGCCUAACCCUUAGAGAUUGCAAUCUAUAUGGGGAGAUUCCUUUCUCAUUAGGAACCCUUUCUCAUCUCACCAUGCUUGACCUUUCGUUUAAUAGAUUGGUUGGUCAAGUUCCAUCUUCAUUUGGAAACAUGACCAAACUAAGGUACCUGUUCCUUAGAGGAAACAAGUUAAGUGGCAAAUUUUCAGUUUCAUUUGCCAAUUUAACGAAAUUGAUCCAACUUGAUAUCAGUGAUAAUUACUUUGAACCCGGGCAUCUACAUGACAUGAGUCGAUUCCACAACUUGGAGGUUUUAUUGGUGAGGGGAAACUCAUUUUCUGGGCCUUUUCCUACAUCUUUGUUCACGAUUCCUUCGUUACAAACGGUUUCUUUUGGGGGAAAUAACUUCAGGGGACCUAUAGAUUUUGGGAAUAUGUCUUUAUCUUCUAGACUUAAUUUUCUAAGCCUUGCUGAUAAUAAAUUCGAUGGCCCAAUCCCUGAAUCCAUAUCUAAAUUUCUCAAACUCAUGGAGUUAGAUCUUUCUAACAAUAAGUUGGGAGGCAAAGUACCAGGUUGCUUAUUGAGAUUGGCAUCGCUGAAACUUUCUCACAACUCUUUUAGCGGUUUUGGAAAACCAGAAGUUCUAGAUCAAGCAAUAAUGGAUGAGUUUCGUCUUGACUCAAAUUCAUUUCAAGAACCAUUUCCCCAAUGGAUCUGCGAGUUUAGAUCGCUAGAGAUCUUAGAUUUGUCCAACAAUAGCUUCAAUGGCUCAAUUCCUCCAUGUUUAAGGAAUAUCGCUUAUCCUCUUCAAGUGCUUAAUCUGCGAAACAACAAUUUCAGUGGGAUUCUUCCAGAUGUGUUUCUCAAUGCUACGGGUUUAAGGGCACUUGAUGUUAGCCGCAACCGGUUGGAAGGAAAACUCCCAAAAACCUUGAUCAAUUGUACGUACAUGGAAUUUUUGAAUGUGGAAGGAAACCAAUUCAAGGACAAGUUUCCAUCUCGGUUGGGUAUUCUGCAAUUUUUAAAUGUCCUCAUCCUCCGAUCCAACCAAUUCUAUGGGCCAUUGUUUCACGACCACGUUGACAUUGGGUUUCUAUAUUUAAAAGUUAUUGAUGUCUCACAUAAUGACUUCACUGGAACUUUCCCAGCUUUCGAUUUUUCCAGCUGGCUUCAGAUGACUACAUUAAACCCAACAAAUGAUGGUGUUAUAUAUAUGGAAUAUUCCUUCCUCAUGAAUGAUGUCCACAAUUUCCAAAAUGCUAUUAUCUACAUAUACAUUUUUACAGGGGAUUUUUGCAAAAAGUCUUUUGGAUCCGGGUAUUAUCCGGGAUUAACUAUAUUCGGACCUUGGAUAAGGAUUUUUAGGAAUGUUGUAAUAAAAAAAAAUGACCUUAUCUCUUUAAUUACCCUAGUUCCUUACAUUAAAUCAAUGGAAAUAGUGCACAAAGGUGUAGAUACAGAGUUCGAGAAGAUCCGGAGAGACUUCACAGCCAUUGAUUUUUCAAGAAACAGGUUUUAUGGAAAGAUCCCUGAAUCCAUUGGCUUGUUGAAGGGGUUACGUUUUCUCAACUUGUCGAAUAAUGCUUUCACAAGCAAUGUACCUCAAUCAUUGGCAAAUAUGACGAAUCUUGAGGCAUUAGAUUUAUCCCGGAAUCAGCUGUCAGGUCAGAUUCCCCGAGAUCUUGGUGAGCUUUCAUUUCUGUCAACCAUGAACUUCGCCCACAACAAACUUGAAGGUCCAAUACCACGCGGCGCACUGUUUCAAAGCCAAAAUUGUUCUUCAUUCAUGGACAACCCCAAGCUUUACGGUCUUGAUGAUAUCUGCAUAAAAACUCAUGUCCCAAAUCCUAGACCACAAGAAUUAGAGGAAGUAUCAGAGCCAGAAGAAGAACAAGUGAUAAACUGGAUAGCAACGGCAAUAGCAUAUGGUCCCGGUGUUUUUUGCGGAUUAGUGAUUGGACAUAUCUUCAUUUCACAUAAGCACGAGUGGUUCAUGGAAAAGUUUUGUAGAAACAAGCCUAGAGUUGUCAUCGGAAGCCCUCGUUGAACAAUUUCUCUUGUCCUCUAUUCAAGCAUUGUCAGUCAUAUGUAUGUGUUUGUAAUAAUGUUCUCCAAAAACUCUUGUGUGUGUUGUAAAUUUCCAAUUUACGGUUUAUUAAUAAAUCUCUUUGGUGGAGAUUCGUAUUUGAUACA